GAAGGAGUUGACUGGGCGGAGCUGAGAAGCCGCGGUGGUGGCUGCGCGCGCGCGCGGUUGCGAGAGGGAAACGCCGCGAGGGCCUUCGCAGGCCGGGGCUGUGGGGACGACGGACGGUGACUAUGGCCGCGGCAGCAGGCGGCGGUCCGGGGGCGGCUGCGGGUACCGUGGGUGCAGGGGGUGCGGCGGCCUCUGGCCUGGCGGUUUAUCGGAGGAAGGACGGGGGCCCGGCUAGCAAGUUUUGGGAGAGCCCGGACACCGUGUCCCAGCUGGAUUCCGUGCGAGUCUGGCUGGGCAAGCACUACAAGAAGUAUGUUCAUGCAGAUGCUCCUACCAAUAAAACACUGGCUGGAUUGGUGGUACAACUUCUUCAGUUCCAAGAAGAUUCCUUUGGGAAACAUGUUACCAACCCAGCCUUCACCAAGCUCCCUGCAAAAUGUUUCAUGGAUUUCAAAGCUGGAGGCACCCUGUGUCACAUUCUUGGGGCUGCUUACAAGUACAAAAAUGAACAGGGGUGGCGGAGAUUUGAUCUGCAGAAUCCAUCCCGAAUGGAUCGUAAUGUUGAAAUGUUUAUGAACAUUGAAAAAACAUUGGUACAGAACAAUUGUCUGACCAGACCCAACAUCUACCUCAUUCCAGACAUUGAUCUGAAGUUGGCUAACAAAUUGAAAGAUAUCAUCAAACGGCAUCAGGGAACAUUUACUGAUGAAAAAUCAAAAGCUUCCCACCACAUUUAUCCACAUCCUUCCUCACAAGAGGAUGAAGAAUGGUUGAGACCAGUGAUGAGAAAAGACAAGCAGGUGUUGGUGCACUGGGGAUUUUACCCAGACAGUUAUGAUACUUGGAUCCACAGUAAUGAUGUUGAUGCUGAAAUUGAAGAUCCACCAAUUCCAGAAAAGCCAUGGAAGGUUCAUGUGAAAUGGAUUUUGGACACAGACAUUUUCAAUGAAUGGAUGAAUGAAGAGGAUUAUGAAGUGGAUGAGAACAGGAAGCCAGUGAGUUUUCGUCAGAGAAUUUCAACAAAGAAUGAAGAGCCAGUCAGAAGUCCAGAAAGGAGAGAUAGAAAAGCAUCAGCCAAUGCUCGAAAGAGGAAGCACUCCCCUUCUCCUCCCCCUCCCACACCCACAGAAUCACGGAAGAAGAGUGGGAAGAAAGGACAAGCUGGCCUGUACGGGAAGCGCAGAAAUCAGAAAGAAGAAGAUGAGCAAGAAGAUCUUACCAAGGACAUGGAAGACCCAACACCUGUACCAAACAUAGAGGAAGUGGUACUACCCAAAAAUGUAAACCCAAAGAAAGAUAGUGAAAAUACACCUGUUAAAGGAGGAACGGUAGCAGAUCUAGAUGAGCAGGAUGAAGAAACAGUCACCACAGGAGGAAAGGAAGAUGAUGAUCCUAGCAAAGGUGAUCAGAGUCGAUCAGUUGACCCCGGUGAAGAUAAUGUGACAGAACAGACCAAUCAUAUUAUUAUUCCCAGCUAUGCAUCUUGGUUUGAUUAUAACUGUAUUCAUGUGAUUGAACGUCGUGCCCUUCCUGAGUUUUUUAAUGGAAAAAAUAAAUCCAAGACUCCCGAAAUAUACUUGGCAUAUCGAAAUUUCAUGAUUGAUACAUAUCGUCUAAACCCACAAGAAUAUUUAACAAGCACUGCUUGUCGGAGGAACUUGACUGGAGAUGUGUGUGCUGUGAUGAGGGUCCAUGCCUUCUUAGAGCAGUGGGGGCUUGUUAACUACCAAGUUGACCCGGAAAGUCGACCCAUGGCAAUGGGACCCCCUCCUACUCCUCAUUUCAAUGUAUUAGCUGAUACUCCCUCUGGACUUGUGCCUCUGCAUCUUCGUUCACCUCAGGUCCCUGCUGCACAGCAGAUGUUAAAUUUUCCUGAGAAGAACAAAGAAAAACCAAUUGAUUUGCAGAAUUUUGGUCUUCGAACUGACAUUUACUCGAAAAAAACAUUAGCAAAGAGUAAAGGUGCUAGUGCUGGAAGAGAGUGGACAGAACAGGAGACACUUCUACUCCUGGAGGCCUUGGAGAUGUACAAGGAUGAUUGGAACAAAGUUUCAGAACAUGUUGGAAGUCGUACUCAGGAUGAAUGCAUCCUCCACUUUUUGAGGCUUCCCAUUGAGGACCCAUACCUUGAAAAUUCAGAUGCUUCACUUGGGCCACUAGCUUACCAACCUGUCCCUUUCAGCCAAUCAGGAAAUCCAGUGAUGAGUACUGUUGCUUUUUUGGCAUCUGUGGUUGACCCUCGAGUGGCAUCUGCUGCAGCAAAAGCAGCUUUAGAGGAGUUUUCUCGGGUCCGAGAGGAGGUACCCCUGGAAUUGGUUGAAGCUCAUGUCAAGAAAGUACAAGAAGCCGCACGAGCCUCUGGGAAGGUGGAUCCCACCUUUGGCUUGGAAAGCAGCUGUAUUGCAGGCACUGGCCCUGAUGAGCCAGAGAAGCUUGAAGGAUCUGAAGAAGAAAAGAUGGAAACAGAGUCUGAUGGUCAACAACCUGAGAAGGUAGAAAACAAAGUGGAAAAUGAAACAGGUGAAGGUGAUAAAACACAAGAUGGAGAAAUUGAAAAGAACAGUGAAAAGGAGCAAGAAAGUGAAAUUAAUGAAGACAUCAAAUCAGAAGAAAAGGAAACUGACGAGAACAAGGAACUCACUGAUACUUGUAAAGAAAGAGAAAGUGAUACUGGGAAGAAGAAAGUAGAACACGAAAUUUCUGAAGGAAACGUUGCCACAGCCGCAGCAGCUGCUCUUGCCUCAGCUGCUACCAAAGCCAAGCACUUGGCUGCUGUGGAAGAAAGAAAGAUCAAGUCCCUGGUAGCUCUCCUGGUUGAGACACAGAUGAAGAAACUAGAGAUCAAACUUCGACAUUUUGAAGAACUGGAAACUAUUAUGGACAGAGAAAAAGAGGCUCUAGAACAACAGAGGCAGCAAUUGCUUACUGAACGCCAGAACUUUCACAUGGAGCAACUGAAAUAUGCUGAGUUACGAGCCCGACAACAAAUGGAACAGCAGCAACAUGGCCAGAACCCUCAGCAAGGACACCAGCACUCAGGAGGACCUGCUCUGGCUGCCCUUGGAACAGCAGGGCACCCUGGCAUGUUGCCUCAUCAGCAACCCCCUCCUUACCCUCUGAUGCACCAUCAGAUGCCUCCGCCCCAUGCUCCCCAGCCAGGUCAGAUACCAGGCCCAGGCUCCAUGAUGCCUGGGCAGCCCAUGCCAGGCCGUAUGAUUCCCACUGUGGCAGCCAACAUCCACCCCACUGGGAGUGGCCCUGCUCCUCCUGGUAUGCCUCCAAUGCCUGGAAGCAUCUUAGGACCCCGGGUACCUCUCCCUGCACCAAAUGGCAUGUAUCCUCCUCCGCCACAGCAGCAACCGCCGCCACCACCUGCAGAUGGGGUCCCACCACCUCCUGCUCCAGGCCCACCAGCCUCAGCCACUCCUUAGCCUGGAAGAUAAAGGGAGCCUCCACACUUACCACAAGCUGAGAUGGAGAUGACAAGACUUGUGUCUCAGCUUCCUUGGCUUUCUUUCAGGAAUUUUCUUCUCAGAGCCCCAGUUCUGUAUCCCAUGUCUCACCACUACUCUAUACUCUUGUACUUCUGUCAGGUCCUCAGCUGACACUCAGUGGGGAGUCUGUGAUGACCGUCUGUCUUGGUCAUUUUAAAAUAACCUGUGUCUCCCUUUGUGUGGCGGAUGUUGGCAAUGGAUCUGCAGAUACUGUCAGCUGUAGCAUAUUCAUCACCCCCCCCACACCCUGCUUACCUUAUGCUUCUGUGGAUAAUCCUCUAUAAUUAUUAUCCUUUUUUCCUGUUAUGGUUGGUUUUAAGGAAAGCAUUCUAAGAGAAUAGAAACCAAAAAAAAAAAAAGAAAAGAAAAAGAAAAAAGUGAUGGGCAGAAGGAGAUAGCCACAGGGGAUAUACCUUAAGGCGUUAUAAGUGACCUUAUUUCUGCUUAUCUGAGCUAAGAGUGGUGCUACUGGUAAAGUUUCCCAAGACUUUUCCUACAUAAAAUGCACCAGAAUUAGAGCUGGGGAAGGAGGUUUCAUUCCCUAGCAAGGACUGUUAAGGCCUCCACCUGCAUGGCAGAACAUAUCACUGUACCUAGCGUGUGCACAAACAUUUGAACACACCUACUCUUUCCCAAUGCACCAUUCUCGUUUUCUAUACAGGUGACUUGCUGGAUUGGGGCUGUGUGGUUUUUCCUGAGGGCAUUGUGAGCUUUGAAGGUGGGAAUUUGGGGUGGCAUUCUUUUGAAUUUCCACUUCAGCCAGGAUAGUUGAAGGAAUCUAGGGCAGUGCUCCCUAAGCACAUACCAUCUCCACACACACCCCACCACCACAGCUCUGCUUUAUAUGUAUUCUUUUUAAAUCCUCCUUUAAGAAAGAGGGGAGAGGCGGUAAGUAGGUAACAUAAAAAUAUUUCAGUUCAUGGAACUUGGUUGGGAUGGCUGGGGGUACAAGUCCCUAAACUACCUCUUGCAGUAGCCUGGGUGAGUGGAAUUUCUAGAAGCGGUACUUUAGGUUCAGAAUGGAAUUGGAAAAGUAAGGGGAACAGCCUCCCAUACCUUCUCCUUUCCCCUUCUGAGAUAUCACAUUCCAUCUGUCACAGGGUUGUUGAGAAGUUGCUGAGGUCCUCACUUGACUGCAGAGCAUUAUGCUUUAAGGUUUAAGUGCUCACGCUGAGCAGGUGAGGUGCCAUUCCAGAAGAUGAGCCACAAAAAUGCCUUAAUUUGAACUCAUACCUACCCCUGCUGAUUUGUGAUUUGAGAGUUCUUGGUUUUAUUGGCUUGCCCUGCUUCGCUUUUUCCUGGCCUUCCAUGGGUAACAAGUAGGUGUUUUUGGCAGAGCUUCAUCUUCUCAAACAGCAGUUUCAUCGAUUUGAAUGUGAGGUAGAACAUCUCUUUGGAUAUCUUUUCCUAUAUAUUUUCUAAAGCUUUACAUAUGAAAGGGUGUAGGCAGGUGUUUAUAAAAACACCUUAUAACUUUUUUCCCUUAGUAUCAGAAAGCAAAAAAAAUAAAACUAUGGUUGAGAUUUGCCUUUGAAACUCUCAGGUUUGCCUCUAAACAGGUGGCCCUGGUCACCAUCAGAGUACUGGAAUACUGGAACCAAGAAGACCAUAUUCCUUUGCUGUGUUUGUUCUGAACUCUAGAAGUGGAAAUGGAAAUGAGCUUGUUCCUACUGGAGUUAAUUUCCUAGUCAUUUGCCUCUGAAAGACCCCAGUGCCUUCUGAAGGGGCCAGGGUUUGCCCUACUUCCCUCCAUUCUCCCAGAGGAAAUUUACUCCAAAUGCUCACCUUUUCUCCUGGAGUCCUGGAAAGAGAGUGGGAUUCUGGUUCAUACUGUGGUUCUGUGUAACCUCAGGUCUUUAAUGUGAUCACUUUCCAGAUUAAAAGACCCAAGUGGAAAUAUUUUUACUGUAUUGGUAACCUACAAAAAUAUCUGAAUUCUCCAGUGUAAGUGGUGACUUUUUUCAUGUCUUUCAUCUGGUUUCAUUCCUGUAAUACAGCCACCCAGUUUGGGGCAGGGGGGAUAAUACAUAGUUUUUGUACAAAUAUGUUUCUCUGUGUUGUUUUGGAAAAAUGAGGGGAAAGAAUUUUGAGAGAUUUGAAGAAAAUGAAAGUGGCUUAAUCUCCCUCUUCAUCAAAUAAAUGAAAUACCAUUUUUGAA